UCAUUUCCCACACUUUCCAUCACAUUCAUACCAAUAUUUUUCACGACUCCAGAAAAAUGUAAAUAGCGUUCGAGUUGUUCUGAAAAAUAUAUUUGGGUGUAGCGAUCAUGGAAUUUCUACACGAAUCUAUAGCGCUUGGUGUUGAUUUACUAAUCUUGGGUUUGUGUGUAAGAGAAUAUGUGAGCUACAAAAAGAAUGUCAACUGCCUCAAGGCAGCCCCACAACUUGCUAUCGAUGGCGAUCUGAAGAACUAUGUAGCCUCACAAAAGGACAAGAAGAUACCUUAUGCUGUUGUCCGAGGCACUGUCACACCAAUCGGUGUGCCGAUGCGCAGUGUUAUGUCGCCAUCCGUCACCGGUGUCUUGCAAGUGAUAAAACUGAGUGAACACCGUGUAACACGCGGCUUUGCCGGUUUCUGGACGGAACAACGGAAGCUCAUUCAUGUAUCAUCGAAUGAGAUGCCUUUUGAAUUGCGCAACAAUGAGAGUAGUGUGGAAAUCAUCGACGCACUCAGCGCGGCCGUGCUAGAUAUGGACGUAGUAUAUGAUAACUAUGAACCUUCCUCGCUUUCCUUUUUCGAUCAUGUGUUCGGCUUCUUUUCUGGUGUGCGCCAAAAGGGUUUGCAAACUACUGAAGAAGUGCUGCGCGAUGGUAGUUUCAUCACAGCCAUAGGGGAGUUAGAAUUGGAUGGCAAAAUGUUGCGUUUGCAACCGUCGCCAGUGGGCCCCCUCUUUUUGACAACCGCUACCAAAUCUACGUUAAUUAAGAAAUUCGAAGAGGCCAAAUCGUCUAUGCUCGUUAAAAUCUUUGUCUGUGGCACAAUAUCGGCUGUUUUAGUUGGAGUCAUGGUUCGUAAAUUCUAUAACAAAAAGAAACAAGAACGUGAUGAGCGUAAAAUCAAAGAAACUUUGGAAAAGGAACGGCGUGAAAGACGCGCACGUACACGGCCACUAAAUCUUACCACAGAACAAUUGUGUGUAGUGUGUUCAACGAAUCCAAAAGAGGUUAUAAUUCUGCCCUGUGGGCAUGUUUGCCUCUGCGAAGACUGCUCCGAAAAGAUACGAGUUUCAUGUCCCGUAUGUCGCGGUAAGAUCACAACAAAAGCAGCCGCUUUUAUCGCUUAAUAAUUAAUAUUAAUUUGGAAAAGUUUAUUUUUGGAUGUUGGAAUUUAUGCGUGAAAUAUAGACGAACUCUGUAUAUCACGAAACUACA